GUUCUGUAGCGAUAGAAUCGUUCCCACUCUCUCUCAUGACCCACCACUGGAAUAGCCGGAUAUUGAGUAUCUAGAAUGAACUAUGAGAGGACUAACACACACUGACCAGGUCCUUUGCAUUAAGAGGACGUCAGUUUGAACCGUCAAACUUUUAGAAAGAAGAGACUGCAGCCACAGCUAUGAAUUCCUCUAAUAACGACAGCUUUGUGGAUAACGAUCCAGAAGAUGUCGUCAAGAUAUUUGCAAAGAUCCAGAAAUUUUCGAACCCGUUGUUCUGUUUCGUGGGGCUGAUCGGGAGCCUGCUGGCAUUGACGGUGUUCCUCAGUAAGUCCCAGCGCUCCACUUCCUGCUGUCUGUACCUGGCCGCGCGGUCCGUCUCCGACAUCGGCUUCCUGGUCUCUCUCAUUAUCGUCUGGAUCACUGACGUCUGGGACGCGUCCAUCUUUAACUCCCAGGGAACCUGUCAGCUGACCAUCUUCCUGUCGUACAUCUGUGGUUUCCUGUCUGUGUGGUUCGUGGUGAUCGUUACUGCCGAGAACUACAUCCGGAUCUGCCAUCCCUUCUCCGUGAAGAGAUACUGCACGGCCAGAGUAUCCAAACUGGUGAUUAGUGUGUUCCUCUUGCUUGCUCUGGCUGUGUAUAACUUCCCUCUGUGGACGCUGGAGAUUUACCAGGGCCGAUGUACCGGGAAACGCCGCUACGACGAACUCUUCCAGAUGUUCAUCCACGUGGACACGAUCCUGACUCUUGUCCUCCCGGCUCUUCUCAUAACCUUCUUAAUGGUCGCCAUAACAUUUAGUUUAUUCAGAAGUUAUCAUCGGCUGCGGAGAUUGAAGGGAAAACGACUGGAGAAGAAAAAGUCGAGGAAAACCAACCACUCCAAAGUGACGACCCUUCUGUUCACUGUGUCUCUUGUGUUCCUUGCACUGAACCUUCCAAGUCACGUGAUAAGAACCAUCAUGACUCUGUCGAGGUACAUCAUGCAUCGUUCCCAAUUCACGACCACCGAAAUGGUGUUACAGAAACUGUUUUACACCUUGUAUUAUUUGAGUUAUGCUAUAAAUAUAUUUAUUUAUCUUUUAUGUGGUACACGGUUUCGUAAAGACUUUUAUAAAAUGUACAUCGAAUGUUUCGCAAAAAGUUGCAAGGGGAAGAAGUUAAUGAAAACGGACUCUUCCUGUGCUCAACUUCUGAACAAACAUUCCACAAAAGUAGAUCUCGCCUCCAACGGUACAGUGGUCUAAAGGGAGCUCAGAGAGGAAUACAUAUGUAGGACGAACUUGUGAUUGGUUUGAGAAAAAAGAGGGGUUUAACUUAGCCUCCAUUUGUGUGAUAUGCUUGUAACUUAAUCAUCGGAAUAGUGUUGUUCUGGCAUACCGUAAAAAUGAACGAACAACAAUAGAAAUAUGUCUUUGGUAAGAUAUAAUUAUUGUCUUCAGGAAAGAUAAUUUUAGUGACGAUUUAUUAUUGAGAGUAAAUGGGUCAUUAAUUUUCAGGUUGUCAUGCCAGUCAAUGAUUUUGUUCUUAUUACAUUUCAAAACAGAAUGAAAAAACAAUGAUGUAAUUUAGGAAUAAUUGAAUCUGGAUGAAUGUCCGACAACUAUAACAAAAAUGUGCUUGCUUACACGCCCUCCUUUCAGGCAAUAACAGAAACUAACGUCAUUAAUGUACACGUGCGAUGAUGUGUUAUCGAAAUUCCAAAGAUUUCUCUUGCACGCUUUCUAAUUAUCGAUGGCCCCUUUGUAUAUUCACAAAGAAGUGGGCGCCUCGUUAAUAUGAUAAAUAAGUAGAAAAUCAAUUUACCAAGUUUGCGUAACAUUAGAACCAUUUUAACAAGAGUUUGGACAGGGGAGAAUGCCUGUCUAUUUCAUUGUUGACCACACAUAGCUUA